AUGUCAGGCAACAAAGAAAAGAAGAUUCAAGGAGAGGCUAAUAAAGACACAACUUCAUUAACUGAUGCUGUAGAGCAAGUUGCAAAGCAACAACAAUCACAAACAUCAGAAAUAGAAAAAAACAAAAAACUUCUCUUCCAUUUGCAGAAUGAGCUUCAUGAACUUGAAAUACAAAUAGCAUCUGUCUCUGCAGAAACUAAAGACACAGAAAGGCAAAUUUAUCAGCAAGAUGCUGCCAUAGAGAAUACCAAACUUCACUGUAGAAGCCUGGAAACUCAAAUCAAAUCCUUACAUACAGAAAAUGUAAAGCUUCAGUUUGACGUAGAAGCAGCUCAAGAAGAUUUUGAGGAACACAUGAUAAGAUAUAAUGCAUAUUAUGCAAAAAUGAAAGCACAUAAAGAUAGUUUGGGAGAGAUAGAAAGCAAAUGGUCAUUCAUGAUGGAACUUUAUGAAAAACGAGAUCUCGUUAAAAAACUAAAGACAGAGAAAGAGGAACUUAUGAAAGAUCUUCAAAAUCCAGAAGGAAAUCGGAUAAAGCAAGUACAGGAAGACAUUACAAAGCUAAGUGAUAAAAUUAUAAUGAUAAAAGAAUCUCUCAUUGAAAAAACAUAUUUUCUUGAGAAAGAGAAAAAGACACAUGAAAAAUUAAGAAAAGAAAUAGAGGUGCAACAUAAGAGAUAUGAUGCAAUUCUUAAGCGUUUGCAUUGUCAGGUGAACAAGCUUCAAUCAAAUAGAAGGCAAUGGCAAUGGAACAUUGAACAACUGGAAAAAACUGCAGCUGAACUAAGAAAGCACAUUGGAAUACAAGAACAACAGUGUCAUAGGGCAAUGUGGUGCCCAGACCGUGCCAACUCAAAUUAUGAGCCAGACUGCUGA